CAAAUAAUGCAGCGUUAGAUAUAUAGUCUGGGUUGAAUUUAGUUGGUAAUUUUAUAAAUUUAAAUCAUAAAAAAAAAUUAAUAUUUAUAAAUAAUAGUAUGGGAAAGAAACCGAAAAAAACGUUCUGGAGAAUAACCAGAAAGACAUUAAAAAACCUGGGAAUCUUAGGAUACAGCAAAAACGAAAACAUUUUUGGUAUAAAUCCCUUUAUAAUUUCAAUAAUCUAUAUAGCCAUCACUUUAGCACUAUCAGCAAUAUUUCGAAAAAUAGUGAAAUUAAUUUUUGGAGAUAGUCAAAGGAUUACAAAAUAUUUAUUACUAGAAUUUAUCGCCACUGUAGAAUUGUGUGCUGCUUGUUAUGAAUUAAUUAUUGUUGCAGACAACUGGGGGGUAUCCACAUAUGCUAUUUUUCUCUUUUUGUUAACGGUAUGGUGGGGAACACAAUGGGAAGACGCUUCUGCUUGUCCGUAUUGCCCUAUAGAGGAAGUAUUAGAAGGUAGCAAAAAUAUGAAAACCGCUAUUUUAACGAUUGCAUCUCAACUCGUGGGUGCUCUUAUAACAUUUAAAUACGUUCAAGUAUUAUGGUCGUUAGAACUAGUGGAGACCCAUAUAGACAAAGCUUAUGAAGACUGCACAGCUGAUUUGCAGGUAGAUAUGAGCGUUGGAGCGGUAAUUGAAGCCAUUGCUACAUGUCUCUGCAGGCUAGUAUCGAGAUUUCUUAGCGAAACCGAUGCUGCCUUCGGAAGCUAUUUUGAUGCGUUUUUUGGAACAAUGAUGGUAGUUGCAGCAUUUAACUUCUCUGGAGGAUAUUUCAAUCCAGCUCUAGCAACUUCUUUAAAACUGGGAUGCGAUGGAAAUACAUUGUUGGAACAUGUAAUUGUUUACUGGUUUGGAGCAAUUUUUGGAUCUAUUUUGGCCGUUUUUAUUUACAAGAUAAAAUUUACACAGAAUUUUAUUGCUUCGAUGAAGUCAAAAGUUGAAUAAGAGUUUUAAAAAUGUUUCACUACAAAUAAAAUUAGGUAUUUUCUGACGAAGAUAUUAUUUUUUAGCGAACUUACGUUACCAGUGCGGAAAUUGUAAUGUUACAUACCACUUACUUCAUUUUUAUUGUAAUCAAGAAAAAUUAUUUGUAA